AUGGCGGAAGUAUCAUUUGCGAAGAGCUUCUUGGCUUCUCUAGACUCGAAGCCAAUCAAAGUCCCAGCUGAUACGGUCUAUGACCCUCAGACAUUCGCCCCUCGUUUCCCGAUAAUUCUCCCACGUCUAACUGACCCUCCCCAUCCGCCUAUGCCAAAGAAAGUCAAGACCACUGCACCACCAGGCUCAUCCAAGGGAAUCACCGUUCACUUAAAGUCAGCACGGAAUCCUGUACUAGAUAUCAAGCUUCCAAACGUGGCUCUUGCUACCGCAACGGUCCAGGAACUUAAGGAUGCCGUUCACCAGAGAAUACGUCCCAGCAACGCAACAGACCCCGACCAGAGAGUGCCAUUGGACAAGAUAAAGCUAUUAUGGAAACGCAAGCCCGUUCAAGGAACUUCUAUUGCCGAUAUUUUGGCAGACGAAUCCGACAUAAUUAGGGGAAAUAGCCCAGCAGAGUUCAGUGUGAUGGUUUUGGGAGGAGCGUCUAUUAUUCCGGAGGAAGAGUUGAAGGCUGCUGCCGCGGCCACAACAAAGGCGGCUAGACCUCUUUUCGAAUCGGACCCACAGGAGGAUACGGAGAUGAAGGAUCCCGGCUCAGAAGAAGUGCAAGAAACACCGCAGAGCGAUGCAUCCUUGCGCUCUGAGUUUAAGGACCUUUAUGAUGCCGACACUUUCUGGGAGGAUAUGAGGAUAUUCAUACAAGAGAGGAUGCCAAACCCAGAUAAUGCCCCGGCUAUGGUCUCUAUCUUUAAAGCUGGGCUGAAGGACUACUUGAAAUAG